AAGACAAUUAGGAAAAGACGCCGAUGAUCCCGUGAUAGUCUUUAAUUAAUCGUUUUUUCUUUUGAAACGUGAUUUGAUAGUGAUAUGAAGAAGAUGGCUCCUAAUUUUAAUCUUAUAUUUCUGGAAAUUUAGGCUACAUCGACCAUUAUAUCAACAGUUGGUCAAGUUUGUCAUACUAUAUUUUAACUGGAAGAGUCAGGAAUUAUUCAUGAAUUCUCAAAGUUAUCAUAGUUAAGAAACGGCAAAGCUUGGCGACCAAGAUAAAAGAGAUCAGUCACUUUCAGUAAACGUGUCCAAGAAUAUUCAACGUUGGUUUUGUCUUAUAAAUACAUAACCUUCACAUACUCCGGACCACACACGUUUUCUUAUAAACUCCGGUCAUGUCUCUCUUAGCGUCCUUCUUUGGUUGCUUCGUUCCAAAAUCUGGCUCAAAGAUAAGCUCAAGCGAUGGUAGUAACUCGAAAGUCAUGUCCUUAGAGAAACCAAAAAGCAAAUCCAAAUCUCCAAGAGCUCCAAUGAUAGUGUCUUAUUUUCCCGUAGGUUCGAAUCUUUCGCGUCUGUGAGAGAAGGCCAGAAGAUGAAGUGUGUGGGAUGUUGACAUAUUUGUUGUGAAGGCUUUCGUUUUUGUUUUGUUCCUCUAGUCCUCUUUUUCUGUUUGAUUAUGUAUAAAUUGUAAUAGACCAUUUAAAUAUUUUAAUAAAUGGCGAGAAUUCCAUUUCCUAU